AUGGCUACAUCAGUGCCCCAACAGAGUGACAUCGUCAUUGUCGGCGGAGGCCCUGCGGGGUUGGCCCUUGCAAGCGCGCUCAGUUCCCAACCCGCGAUACGAGACACGCUCCGAGUCGUGCUCGUUGAGGCCAGUGACUUGAGCAAGGUCCGCAACUGGAACGAUGGCCCAAGCACGUUCUCGAACCGGGUCAGCUCGAUCACGAACGCGUCGCAGGCGUUCCUUCAAGAGAUCGGCGUAUGGGCGCAUGUGGACGAGGGGCGGACAUGUCCGAUCGAAGAAAUGCAGGUUUGGGACGGUGUUUCGGACGCACGAAUUACGUUCUCUACUCAAGAUGACCAUGCGUCGUUCUUGCCCGACGCAUCCCCGCAGUCCCAGAUGGCGAGGCUCACGGAGAACCUCAACCUCCAACGAGCGCUCUUGAGGCACUUGGACAGCAAUCGAACAGUCGAGUUGGUGGACAAUGUGAAGGUGCAGUCGAUAGUGCGCGAAGAACGUGAAGGCGGCGGUUGGCCUUUAGUUCACCUCUCGGAUGGUCGGGUCCUGCGUGCAAGGCUGUUGGUCGGUGCAGAUGGCUUCAACUCCCCGGUGCGCGCAUAUGCUGGCAUCGAAUCCUACGGGUGGGCAUACAACACCACAGCUAUUGUCGCCACCCUCUUCCAUAAACCCCGAACAUCCUUCCAGGCACAGAACACGAUAGCGUAUCAACGUUUCCUUCCCACUGGACCCAUCGCUUUCUUGCCUCUCUCGCCGACAGCAUCAUCUCUUGUCUGGUCCACGAAGCCUCACCUAGCUAAGGCCCUGCUCUCCUCCGACCCUGCCGUCCUGACUAGCAUGAUCAACGCUGCCUUCCGUCUACCGGAAGUCUCUUUGAGAUACCUGCACCAGCAGAUCUUGGACUCUGUCAGCAAUGGCGCCCUUAUCAGCUCCCAGCAGCUGCGCGAGGAGAUCUCUUGGCGCGGGCGCUCACAUCACAUUGACCCGCGCUCGGCGUACUCCCUGACCGCGGACACUGAAGGUGUCCCUCCGGAGGACGCCGAUGCUCUUCCGCCUGUUGUGACAUCGAUACAGCCGGGGAGCGCUGCUUUUUUCCCGCUGAGAUUCAGCCAUGCGGACGACUACAUCGGGGAUGGCGCGGGUGCGCGCACCGUCCUCGUUGGGGAUGCUGCGCACACAAUCCACCCGCUAGCCGGACAAGGCUUGAAUAUGGGUCUCGGGGAUGUCGAGUCGCUCUUCAACUGCAUCCACAAGGCAGUCACGAAUGGCGGUGACAUAGGUUCGCGUACCGCGCUCCUCCGGUACGCUCGGGAACGCUACUUCGAGAACCACAAGAUCAUGUCCGCAUGCGACAAGCUGCACAAGCUCUACUCCUCCACCUCGGAGCCCGUCGUAUGGGCCCGCUCCGUCGGCGUGGAGGUCCUGAACGAGCUCGACUCCGUCAAGGCGGCUAUCAUGCUGAACGCGGGAAGCCGGAGCUCGCGCACGCGACCGUCGGGACGGCAGAUCGGGGCGAACUUCGCUGCGGAUGCUGUUGAGAGCAUCGCGAGGAGCGUCGCGGGGGUGAGCACGCUCACGACGGGCGUCGCCGGUCUGGUCGGGGAGGGUCUUCAGAGGGUGCUGCAGACUGUUGCGAAUUCGCAGCGGAGAUGA